CGCCGCGCCACGCGCGGGUCCCGGGCACGGGCCAGGGCCAACGGCGGGUGUGGGAGCCGCGCGGGAACGCGGCGGCGGCGGCGGCGGCGGCGGCGGGCUGUGCUGGAGGACCCGGCCUCUUCCCCGCUGCUGGCCGGAGCCCUCGGUCCUCAUCCACGAAGACUGACCCACCAUGUUUUAUGGGACCCACUUCAUCAUGUCUCCACCCACCAAGAGCAAGCUGAAGCGUCAGAGUCAGCUGCUGUCCAGCAUGCUGUCCCGGACGCUGAGCUACAAGGACCGUGACCUGGACGCCGCCCUCUCCAGCCUGGGGGCCAGCGACGACCCCGCGGAGCUGUCCACCCAGCUCUCGGCCCCCGGCGUCCUGAAGGUGUUCGGGGACAGCGUCUGCACAGGCACCCACUACAAGAGCGUCCUGGCCACCGGCACGUCCAGUGCCCGGGAGCUGGUCAAAGAGGCCUUGGAGCGCUAUGCCUUGAGCCCCGAGUGCGCCAGCCAGUACGUGCUGUGUGACGUGGUGGGCCAGGCCGGCGCCUCCGGGCAGCAGUGGCAGGCCGAAUGCCUUCGGGUGUUCGGGGACAACGAGAAGCCCCUCUUGAUCCAGGAAUUAUGGAAACCCCGAGAAGGCCUGUCCCGGAGGUUCGAGCUGAGAAAGAGGUCAGACGUGGAGGAGCUGGCGGCCAAGGAUGUGGACACUAUGACAGCAGGCAUCAACGCCCAGGCCCGGAGGCUGCAGCGGAGCCGCGCCAAGGGGACCCCGACCCUGGUCCCGGGGGGCUCACGGAGCCCCCCUCCACCCCGGCUGCGCCGCACGGUCAGCGAGACCAGCCUGAGCCAGGCCGCUGCCCAGGGCUCCGAGGAGCCGGGCCAGGACGCCAUGCGCUACUCGCUCUAUGAGUCGCCCCACCUGCUCCUCCUGCAGGGUUACAGCCAGCAGCACGACAGCCUGGUGUACGUGCUCAACCGGGAGCGGCACACAGUAGGCCAGCGGACCCCCUCCAGCAAGCCCAGCAUCAGCCUGUCGGCCCCCGACAUCCUGCCCCUGCACUGCACCAUCCGCAGGCGCCAGCCCGCGGCCCGAGAGCAGGCCGGGGCCCGGCUGGUCCUGGAGCCCAUCCCGGGGGCGCCCGUCUCCGUCAACUUCUCGGAGCUGGGGGGCCGGACCGUGGCGCUGCGCCACGGGGACCUGCUCUCCCUGGGCCUCUACUACCUGCUGCUGUUCAAGGACCCGGCGCAGGCCCAGCCCCUGCCCGCCCAGGCCCUGGCCCGCCUCCGGGCCGGGCCGCCCAGCUGUCGGCUGUGUGGUGCUGUGCUGCGGGCCCGGGGCGCCUCGGGGGCUGCGCGGGCCGCCCUCCCCCGGCCGCGGCAGCUGCACCUGGAGUUCGAGCCCGAGGCGGAGGACACGCUGCUGCAGCGGAUCAUGACGCUGAUCGAGCCCGGCGGCGAUGACCACAAGCUGACCCCCGCCUUCCUCCUCUGCCUCUGCAUCCAGCACUCGGCCACCCGCCUCGAGCCAGGCUCGUUCGGGCAGCUCCUGCUCAAGAUAGCGAAGUUGAUCCGAGAGACAGUCUGGGAGAAGACCAAAGAACUGGCAGAGAAGCAGGCGCACCUCCAGGAGCCCCUGUCGCUGGCCGGCGUCAGCAUGGCGGGCCUCGUGCCAGACCUGCAGCACAUCCUCUUCUGGAUGUCCAACUCCGUCGAGCUCCUGUUCUUCAUACAGCAGCAGUGCCCGCUCUACAUGCAGAGCCUGGAGGAGGAGCUGGACGUCACGGGCUCGAAGGAGUCGCUGUUCUCCUGCACCCUGACGGCCAGCGAGGAGGCCAUGGCGGUGCUGGAGGAGGUCAUCCUGUACGCCUUCCAGCAGUGCGUCUACUAUGUGUCCAAGACUCUGUACGUUUGCCUCCCGGCCCUGCUGGAGUGCCCCCCUUUCCAGUCGGAGCGCCGGGAGAGCUGGUGCUCAGCCCCCCAGCUGCCCGAGGAGCUGCGGCGCGUCGUGUCCGUGUACCAGGCCACCCUGGACCUCCUGCGGCAGUUCCGGGUGCACCCCGAGAUCGCGUCCCAGGUGCUGGCCUACCUCUUCUUCUUCUCCAGCACUCUGCUCUUCAACCAGCUCCUGGACAGGGGUGAGGGCCUGGGCGGCCGGGGACCCAUCCUCCUGCAGGAGAUACCUCUCCUGGAGUGGACGCGGAGUGCCGGCUUUGGGGAGGCCGGCGAGCACUUCUUCCGGAAGCUUUCCUGCACGCUCAACCUGCUGGCCACGCCCAGUGCCCAGCUCAUCCAGAUGAGCUGGGCAAACUUGCGGGCUGCGUUCCCCGCCCUGAGCCCGGCGCAGCUGCACCGGCUACUGACUCAGUACCAGCUGGCCUCAGCCAUGGGCCCCAUGAGUGCCUGGGAGCCGGGUGCCCAGGACAGCGCUGAUGCCUUCAAAUCAGAGGAUGUCCUGGAGUCCUAUGAAAACCCCCCGCCCAUCGUUUUGCCGAGCGAGGGCUUCCAGGUGGAUCUGGAAGCCGACUGCCCGGACGACAGCAUCUACCAGCACCUUCUCUACAUCCGCCACUUCCUCUGGAGCCUGCGGAGCAAGCCCGGCCCCGGCGGGGGGCCUUCCCAGCCCGAGGGCCUUGAGGGCCCGCACCACCCCGCCCCUGAGGGGCACCCCGAGGGCCAGAGCUGCCCCGUGGCUUCCAGGGACCCCGGGAGGGGAGCCCGGGACGCUGGCCUGGUGCACCCGUUGCCUUCUGCUGUGGCUCCCCGGGCACAGGGCCCUCCGGGAAGGCAGCCUGGCUGCGUGAGCCGUGGGGGCCCCCAGGCCGGCCCCCCGCACACAGACUCCUCGUGCCUGCUCACGCCGCCCAGCACCCCACUCGGCCUCGAGCCCGCUGUCCCCGACUGGCCAGAGCCUGGCGGUGGCACCCGUGGGAACUCGCCCCUGGAACGGAGGAGGAACGGGCCCAGCGGCUCCCGCGGUGCCGCUCUGGAAGGAGGCUGUGCGGCGCCUGCAGACGAGCCCCCUCCGGUCCCCUCCAGCUGCAGCUCUAGCACAGAUGACUUCUGCUACGUCUUCAUGGUGGAGCUGGAGCGAGGCCCCUCAGGGCUGGGGAUGGGCCUAAUUGACGGCAUGCACACGCCCCUGGGGGCCCCCGGACUCUACAUCCAGACCCUGCUCCCGGGCAGCCCUGCAGCGGCCGAUGGCCGGCUGUCGCUGGGGGACCGCAUCCUGGAGGUGAACGGCAGCAGCCUGAUGGGCGUCAGCUACCUGAGGGCUGUGGACCUGAUCCGGCACGGCGGACAGAAGAUGCGGUUUCUGGUUGCCAAGUCGGACGUGGAAACAGCCAAGAAGAUCCGCUUCCGCCCACCCCCUCCCUAGGUGGCCCUGGUGCCCCUGCGCCCCGAGGUUCGACCUGGCCCGCCACCUCCUCCAGGUGGUCCCUGUGGUCCGUCCGUCACCUUCAGCACGGGCCGCUCCUCGCCCUGUGGAUAAUGUACAUCUCAGUG